AUGUGCGAGGGGGACUCCAAGGCAAAAGUGACCGAGGUGGUUAUAAGUGUGGACUCCGAGGUUGAUUCGGCAGCAGUGACGACCGCCAGAAAAUUUGCUUCGUAUGCAAAAAUUGGGAUGCUGGUCCACACGGCACAACUCAAGCGAACGUCAAGGAAGAAUCAAAAGCUGGGGGACAUAUAUGGCCGAGAAUGA